UCGGCCUCGAAAGGAUAUGUAACAACUUCUAAAAUGAAUGUUCAAAAAAUCACUUUUACGCUCCGCAUGGAUAGCCGUUCGACUCUCGAUCAUUCCGCGUUAUCCAAUUUCGAGCUGUCUUUUCCCAAGCAAAUGCGAGGAGUGAUCAGCUUGCAUGAUUACUUAGAAGUAUUGCGAGCCGUGAAUGGCUUUUUUGCCGAAUACCACAGGGCGAUUCGUAGACGGCACAAGCAAGCGGCUACCAAAAAGUUCCGCUCUAUGUUUUCGUGCAUAUUCCCCGUGCUGGAAUUGGAGUAUGUCGAAACCAACCGUAUACUUAUAGAUGCCAUUGAGGAUUGUAAAUUUUAUCUUGAGACUUACCAAAAUACAAGAUUUGCCGACAUCGAAAUCAAAUGGUCCAUGUCGUCCGUAAGAGGAACGGUUUCAACCCGAAAGUUCAAAAAUUGCAUUCGUGUUGCAAAUUAUAUUGUGCCUACCUUAACGAUUGAGUGGGAGGAUAAGAUACGCUUGCAAAAAAGGAAAGGUAAAUCCUUCAAGGUUGCAAACGUUGUUGCGCGAAGUAUUGAUGCAUUUAAAGUUACGCCCUCAUAUCAGCAUUCUUUCCAGAAUAGAUUUGAUGAAACUCUACAACGCUAUAUUGUAAUCCCAAGAGAGUUGCGUCGAUGAGCUGCGAUCCUGCGAUGAGCGUGUCACUAAAAGAAAAUAUUUUUUCAAAGUGUUACAGAAUAGAACCCGCGUACUUUAAAAGACAGUAUCAAAAAAAAAUGCAACAUAUGUGGAUAGAUUUCAAAAUCCGAAAAAUAUACAAAAAUUAUAAAACGGUAGUGUUCAAAAAGU